GAGCAUCUACCACCUGAUGUUGAGUCUCAGCUCUGCCAUUAGCCACUGUGUGACUCUCGGCCGGUCACUGCCCUCCCUGAGCCUCAGCAACCCAGUGUGUCUUCAGAGGCAUUGGGGAGCUCUGGGGAGAAAAUGGCAAAUUUUAGACAUGAUAUUUAUUGUUAUGCAGAUCAACUGAGUGGAGCUCAAGCCUGACUCCUCUGCCCCCAGCCACCUGGGAACCACAUACUAGCCCCUCAUCCAACCUCUCAGCCUCUCCAUUUCUCUAGAUGGGUGGUCCCCAGGCAGAGCCAGAAGAAAGGUUAUUGGGGGCCAGAGACGGUAGGGGCCGGGGCUGGUGGGGCCCCCAUCUGUCCAGGGUAGUGGUCAAGAGCAUAAACUUUGCUUCAGACAGAUGUGACAUUAAAGCCUGGCUCUGUCAUGCCCUAACAGGGAGACCUUGGGCAAGUCACUGCAAGUCUCAGCUUCUCCAUCUGCAUAGUGCCUCGUAAGACUAUUGGGAAGAUUAUUUGAUCAGAGUGUUUCAAACUUUGGUCUUGACAAAUGCACUAGUGGGUCAUGAAAUCCACUUAAGGGAGUUCAACAGGUGUUUUUAAAGGAGAGGAGAGAAUAGAAAAUACUGCAAUAGGUAGAUCACAUCUAGAAGGGUGAUGUUUCUGCUCCACAGGGUUUGUGAUGUAAAGAUUAAUUCUUUACUGUGCCUCACGUUCAAAAAAGCUGGAAAGCGCCUGGGCUCGUACAGGCCCUUGGCAUAGUGCUUGGCCACCUAAGCUCAAAGGAUGGGACUAGUUAUGACCCUCACACAGAGUUCCAGGCUGGGGUUGGAAGCUGGUUGUUCAGUUUUUCUAGAACAGGGCCUGUGCCUUCCUUACCCUGCCCUGAAAGCAAGCAGAAGUCCAGGUUGGGAUGGACUGUUACCAACUCUCUGCUUGUCACUCAGGGUGGAGUUUAUCAAACUGGCCAGUGAAAAUGAGACCGUGAACCUGGGCCAGGGCUUCCCCGACUUCGCACCCCCAGACUUUGCCAUGGAAGCCUUUCAGCAUGCUGUCAGUGGGGACUUCAUGCUCAAUCAGUAUACCAAGGCAUUUGGUUACCCACCGCUGACGAAAGUCCUAGCAGAUUUCUUUGGGAAGCUACUGGGGCAGGAGAUGGAGCCGCUCAAGAAUGUCCUGGUGACUGUGGGUGCUUACGGGGCCCUGUUCACAGCCUUCCAGGCCCUGGUGGAUGAAGGAGAUGAGGUCAUCAUCAUUGAACCCUACUUUGACUGUUACGAGCCCAUGACAUUGAUGGCAGGGGGUCGCCCUGUGUUUGUGCCCCUGAAGCCGAGCCCUUCGCAGGACGGGGAACUAGAUUACAGCAGCAACUGGCAGCUGGACCCCACAGAGCUGGCCAACAAGUUCACAUCUCGCACCAAAGCCCUGGUCCUCAACACACCCAGCAACCCGCUGGGAAAGGUCUUCUCCAAGGCAGAACUGGAGCUGGUGGCCAGCCUGUGCCAGCAGCAUGACGUGGUGUGCAUCAGUGAUGAGGUUUACCAGUGGCUGGUCUUCGACGGGAACCAGCACAUCAGCAUUGCCAGCCUCCCUGGAAUGUGGGAACGCACCCUGACCAUUGGCAGCGCCGGCAAGACCUUUAGCGCCACUGGCUGGAAGGUGGGCUGGGUCCUGGGCCCAGAUCAGCUCAUGAAGCACCUGCGGACUGUGCACCAGAACUCUAUCUUUCAUUGUCCCACACAGGCCCAGGCUGCAGUAGCCUGGAGCUUUGAGCGGGAGCAGCAGCACUUCGGCCAGCCCAGCAGCUACUUUGUACAGCUCCUACAGGCCACACAGCACAAACGGGACCACGUGACACGCAGCCUGCAGUCAGUGGGCCUGAGGCCCGUCAUCCCCCAGGGCAGCUACUUCCUUAUCACAGACAUCUCAGACUUCAAGAGCAAGAUGCCCAACUUGCCUGGUGCUGAGGAUGAGGCCUAUGACAGACGUUUCGUCAAGUGGAUGAUCAAGAACAAGGGCUUGUCGGCCAUCCCGGUCUCCAUCUUCUACAGUGUCCCACAUCAGAAGCACUUUGACCACUAUGUUCGCUUCUGCUUUAUAAAGGUAAAGUGCAGGGCUGGGGGAGGGAAGGUCUCUUCAAGCUCCUCGAGGUCCUCUGGGAAGAAGGGUAGCACCGAACUGUGUUGAUGCAGGAUGAAGCCACGCUCCAGGCCAUGGACAAGAAGCUUCAGAAAUGGAAGGCUGAGCUCACUCCCUGAAGUUGUCCCCUUGGCCCUGUCUCAUCCUCUUCCUUCCUACCUGCUAUGUGGGGAUCCGUGUUUGUUCAGGUUUCAGCCUUUCCCAGGUUGGGGGUAGAUGAUGCUGGGGGAACCCCUUCUAUGUGACCCAGAAUGUCCCCAGAGAAGAGCCCCUCUUCUGGGUCUUGGGGAGCCAAGAGUCCUGUCCUGAUAGUACCUACUCUUCUGUCUUUGAGUGACCUGGGCUUCACCCUGUCCCUCCCUAGGUCAGGUAGUAAGUAGGGCCUUGGGUCCCCUCUGGCCUUCCCUGACUUGGCUGGGAUUCAGAGGGCAGAGUCCAGCAAUAUAUUAGGCCUCAAGUCCUGGCCCUGUCCCCAGCCCUGCACUGGCCCGAGAAGGCUCAGGCAUCCCCCUGCCUCUCCUUGUCUAACCUUGACUUGAGAAGUUGCCUGUAGACCUGAAUCCUCAAGCCAGUACUUGUUCACAAUAAAGUUUCAAACUA